AGCCGUGCUUCCGCCUUCCUUUAGGAAGUAUUGUAGCGCCAUGGCCAUGGUCAAGGCACUCCUGUUGUGGGCCGUCGCCCAUGUUUCCGCCACUGAUGCCGAGAAGAGGCCAGUGACCAAAGUGGUGAACUUGCUGAAGGAGAUGCAGACCUCCUUGGCAGAAGAGGCGAAGGAAGAUGAGGACACUUACGAGAAGAUGCAGUGCUGGUGCAAGACCAACGGAGACGAAAAAGCCAAGAGCAUCGAGGAAGCCAAGAGCCACGUGAAGGCGCUGGAGUCGAGGGUGGAAGAGCUGGCCGCCACCAGCUCGCGCCUCGGCACGGAGAUUGCCGGCGCCAAGGACGAAGUGGCGAAGAACGAAGUCGCCCUGGACACUGCGGUGGAACUGCGGAAGAAGCAAGUGGCUGAGUUCCAGGCCGAUGAGAAGGAUCUUACGCAAUCGGCCACCUCGGUGGAUAAGGCCCUGGACGUCAUUGGCUCCAACCAGUCUUCAUUCCUCCAGAUGCCCCAGGGCAAAAUGUUGAAUGCCCUGACGCAGCUGCAGAGCGUCUUGUCCAAGCAUGAGCGCCUUCUGACCAAGUCCCAGCGACAGAAGAUUGAAGAGCUCGUGAAGAAUCCGAUGAAGUUCAGGUCGGCCUUCCUCCAGGCAGCGCCCUCCGGCGGCGUCGCCGGAGUGCUUUCGGGCCUCAAGGAUGAUUUCGCCGGCCAGCUGACAAAUCUCCAGAAGCAGGCGACCGAAGACCUGAAGGCCCACGAGGGCUUGGUGAAGGCCAAGACCGAGGAGAUCGAAGCGGGGAAGAAGCAGCUGGAGGCGAAGACCGAGCAGAAGGCCUCCGCCGACCUGGAGCGCCAGCAGAGCAAGCAGGACAUCAAGGACACCGAGGCCUCGCUUUCGGCGGAUGGGUCCAUGAGCUCGGAGGUGAAGGAGAAAUGCUCUGCCAUGGACGCAGACUACGAGAAGAGAAGCAAGGUGCGCUCUGACGAGCAGGCAGCGGUCAGCAAGGCCAUUGAGGUUCUCGCCGCGGAUGAGGCGCACGAUGUCUUUGGCAAGACUUUCGGGGCAUCCUUCCUGCAGGUUGCGUCGGAGAAUUCCAAUCGCGAGAAGGCGGCUGCCGUGCUGGCCGCCGCAGGGAAGCUGGAUGCUCGCUUGACCACCCUGGCCCUCACCUUGAAGUUGGACACCUUCGAGAAGGUGAAGCAGUCAAUCGACGAGAUGAAGGCGGACCUAAAGAAGCAGCAGGCCGAGGAGGUCGAGAAGAAGGAUUGGUGCACGGAUGAGUUCCAGAAGGCCAAGCUGGAGACCCAGGACAAGACCCGCGCGGAGCAGGCCAAGCUGGCGGAGCUGGAGUCCCUGCAGGGCAGCGUGGCCACCCUGGCGGCCGACAUCAAGUCGCUGGAGGAUGAGGUGGCUGAGAUGAACAAGCAAUUGCAGCUGGCGGGCCAGAAUCGGGAGAAGGAGAACAAGGAGUUCCAGAAGACUGUGAUGGAGCAGCGGCAGUCCCAGGAGCUGUUGAAGGGGGCUAUGGCCUCCCUCAAGAAGUUUUACCAGGCUGAGCCAGCGCUCAUCCAGACCAAGCGCACUGGUGACGAGCCAGAGUUCAAGGACUACAAGCAGCAGUCCAGCAGCUUCAACGUGCUGAGCAUGCUGCAGCAGCUGGUCGCCGACGCCAAGGCCAUGGAGGCUGAGGCGUCUCAUGCGGAGAGCACGGCGCAGGAGGACUACGAGGCGUUCGCCAAGGCUACCUCCGCGUCGGUUGAGACCAAGCAGAAGCAGACCACCACCAAGUCAGAGGAGAAGGGCUCCACUGAAGCCUCAUUGGUGGAGGCGCGCCAGGCCAAGGAGGGCCUCGGAGCGGAGCUGUCGGAGCUGGCGGCCUUGACCGGCCAGCUCCACGACCAGUGCGACUGGCUGAUGCAGAGCUUCGAUGUUAGGCAGUCCGCCCGCUCGGACGAGAUGGAGUCUUUGGACCAGGCCAAAGCCAUGCUCUCCGGCGCCAAGGCAUAAGCCUUACGCGGCUCCUAGGGUGUGCCUGGCACCCCUUAGCGGCGGUCGAGGAAAUAUCCGCGGGCGCA